UGAUCAAGCUACAUAUCCGCACCCUCUGUAGCUCCGGAUAGGAGCUCUCACCUUGGCCAUCGACUCGCCUCAUCAACAUCACAUCACGUAAAAAGGAAGCCUCCUCGUAUCAGAUCAAAAUGGCCUCACAAAUAACCUCCCUCGUAACAAAACCCAUCCUACUCUUCACAACCGCAACCCUCCUACGCGUCGUCAUGCUCUUAUACGGGUUAUGGCAAGACGCCAACUCACCACUCAAAUACACCGACAUCGACUACUUGGUCUUUACCGACGCAGCGCGGUUCACCUUAUCCCCCUCACCUUCCCCCUCUUUACCACCAUCGCCUUACGCGCGCGAAACAUACCGGUACACACCCCUCCUAGCCUGGCUCCUAUACCCCACGACCUGGCCGUCCACAUUCUGGUUCUCAUCCGGCAAAGCCCUAUUCGCCGCCGCGGAUCUCCUAGCGGGUUACCUAAUCAUCCGCGUACUGCGCGGACCGUACCUACGCAUGUCCCUCGAUCGCGCAUGCGCGUAUGCCGCGAUAUGGUUGUUGAAUCCUAUGGUCGCUACGAUCAGCACGCGCGGGAGUUCCGAAGGUCUUCUGGGAGUAUUGGUUAUGGCUUUACUGUGGGCUGUGCUAGAGAGGAAGGUUGUCCUCGCGGGCGUGUUGUUAGGGCUGGGUGUGCAUUUUAAGAUAUACCCGUUUAUCUACGCGCCGGCGAUUGUGUGGUGGAUGGAUGCGGAGCAGAUGGGUCGGGCCGUGUCCAAAGCAAAAGGAGAACAAAAUGCUCCGAGCUUGCUAGACAGGAUCGUGGCGUUCGUAACACCGGGACGCGUUACACUUGCAUUUGUAAGCCUGGCUACAUUUCUAGGCUUGAAUCUCGUCAUGUACGGUCUUUACGGCAUGCCGUUUAUCACGCAUACGUUCCUCCACCACGUCAGUCGGAUCGAUCACCGGCAUAACUUCAGUCCGUAUAACAUUCUACUCUACCUGACUUCGGCGCACCCGAGCACCGCUUCGCUGAGGGUUGAGUCGGUCGCAUUCGUGCCACAAUUAUUACUAUCGACAAUUCUCAUACCCCUAGUCGGCGCCAAGGCCGAUCUGCCUACGACUAUGUUGGCGCAGACCUUUGCUUUCGUGACGUUCAAUAAAGUCUGCACAAGCCAGUACUUCCUCUGGUACAUGGUCUUCCUACCACUCUACCUCCCCAACUCCUCACUCCUGCAAAACCCACGCCUCGGUAUAUCCGCCCUCGCCCUCUGGGUCGGCGGUCAAGGACUAUGGCUACAACAAGCAUAUAACCUCGAAUUCCUCGGCUUAAGCACAUUCGUCCCAGGCCUCUGGCUUGCGUCGUUAGCAUUUUUUCUGGUUAAUUGUUGGAUUCUUGGGAUUAUUAUUGGGGAUUUAGGUGGGGAUGUUGAGGAGAUAAGUGAAGAUGAGAAGAAUAAAUAAUGUAAUUUGGUGGGGCUGGGUAGGCUUUGCGUGUAUAUAUGUGUCUAGAUAGGGACCCUUAUGCGUUGGGCGUGUUUUACUAAGAGGAAAGGAUAGAUAAUUAGAAGGUGUAUGUCUACGGAUAACUUGGCAAAGAGCAUAUCCUGGUAUGGAAUCAUAAUACCUGAUAUUGUAUCACAUUUUGAACUAUUUAUCCCAUCUGCUCGGACUCGCGCGU